AGCGUGCGGAACUUACAAGCGUGUACAGACGUAAGCCUCAUCGAACACGUGCUGCUUCGAUUGUCCCGGGCUGAGACUGUUGUCGCAGGUGAGUCCUUAUCUAGACGAAUCCUUAUCUAGCCUGUCCGCGUGUCACGCACGAUUUAACGAGCAAUUUCCCUCUGUUCGAUAGAUCUAUUGAUCGACAUGCUUGGAGUGUUGGCCAGCUACAGUAUAACGGUGAAGGAGUUGAAGCUCCUAUUCGGUGCUAUGAAAGCUGUGAAAGGGAAAUGGUUUCAAAACUAGCAAGGGAGUAGGCUACUCAGCGCAUUUCGUAGGGAACUGCUUGGUCCUCACGUCCAUGAAGGUGAAGGGCAAGGGCUUCCAGCAUUGUGUCAAAUAUGAAUUUCAACCACGUAAG